AUGAAGUCCAGCGGCCCCGUGGAGAGGCUGCUCAGAGCCCUGGGGAGGAGGGACAGCAGCCGGGCCACCAGCAGGCCUAGGAAAGCCGAGCCACACAGCUUCCGGGAGAAGGUCUUCCGGAAGAAACCACCAGUCUGUGCAGUGUGUAAGGUGACCAUCGAUGGAACUGGCGUCUCAUGCAGAGUUUGCAAGGUGGCAACACACAGAAAAUGUGAAGCAAAGAACCACCCUACUCCACCCCCUGGAGGGCUGGCCCAGGCGGGUGGACAGGAGACAGGGCUUUGCCCCCUCCCCAGGAGCUUCAGCCUGGACCCGCUUAUGGAGCGCCGCUGGGACUUGGACCUCACUUACGUGACGGAGCGGAUCCUAGCUGCCGCCUUCCCCGCGCGGCCCGACGAGCAGCGACACCGGGGCCACCUGCGCGAGCUGGCUCACGUGCUGCAAUCCAAGCACCGCGACAAGUACCUGCUCUUCAACCUUUCAGAGAAAAGACAUGACCUGACCCGCCUAAACCCCAAGCUCGGGGUCAUCGUCUCUGCCUACAUGCACUACAGCAAGAUCUCUGCAGGGGCGGACCAGGCAUUGGCUACGCUUACCAUGAGGAAGUUCUGUGAGGACAAGGUGGCCGCGGAACUGCAGCCCUCCCAGCGCCGAUAUAUCAGCUACUUCAGCGGCCUCCUGUCCGGCUCCAUCAGAAUGAACAGCAGCCCUCUCUUCCUGCACUAUGUGCUUGUGCCCGUGCUGCCAGCCUUUGAACCUGGCACAGGCUUCCAGCCCUUCCUCAAGAUCUACCAGUCCAUGCAGCUCGUCUACACAUCUGGAAUCUAUCACGUUGCAGGCCCUGGGCCGCAACAGCUCUGCAUCAGCCUGGAGCCAGCCCUCCUCCUCAAAGGCGAUGUCAUGGUGACCUGCUAUCACAAGGGUGGCCGGGGGACAGACCGGACCCUCGUGUUCCGAGUCCAGUUCCACACGUGCACCAUCCACGGACCACGGCUCACCUUCCCCAAGGACCAGCUGGACGAGGCCUGGGCUGAUGAGAGGUUCCCCUUCCAAGCCUCGGUGGAGUUCGUCUUCUCCUCCAGCCCUGAAAAGAUCAAAGGCAACACCCCACGGAACGACCCCUCGGUCUCUGUUGACUACAACACGGCAGAGCCUGCCGUGCGCUGGGACUCCUACGAGAACUUCAAUCAGCACCACGAGGACAGUGUGGACGGCUCCCCGACACACACCCGGGGACCCCUGGAUGGCAGUCCUUACGCCCAGGUGCAGCGGGCCCCCCGCCAGAGCCCACCGGCGCCCUCUCCAGAGCCACCUCCACCCCCCAUGCUCUCUGUCAGCAGCGACUCCGGCCAUUCGUCCACACUGACCACGGAGCCGGCUGCCGAGUCCCCUGGCCGGCCACCCCCAACGGCUGCGGAACGACAGGAGCUAGACCGCCUCCUGGGAGGCUGUGGAGUGGCCGGUGGGGGCCGGGGAGCCGGGCGCGAGACGGCCAUCCUGGAUGACGAAGAGCAGCCGCCCGUGGGCGGAGGCCCCCACCUCGGAGUGUAUUCAGGCCACAGACCCAGCCUCAGCCGCCACUGCUCCUGCCGCCAGGGCUACCGGGAGCCCUGCGGGGUCCCCAAUGGGGGCUACUACCGGCCGGAGGGAACCCUGGACAGGCGGCGGCUGGUCUAUGGGGGCUAUGAGGGGCACCCCCAGGGCUACGCCGAGGCCUCUGUGGAGAAGAGGCGCCUCUGCCGAUCCCUGUCUGAGGGGCCGUAUCCCUACCCCCCUGAGCUGGGGAAACCAGCCAACGGGGACUUCGGCUACCGUUCCCCAGGCUACCGGGAGGUGGUGAUCGUGGAGGACCCUGGGAUGCCUGCCCUGUGCUCCUGCCCCGCCUGUGAGGAGAAGCUGGCGCUGCCCACUGCAGCCCUAUAUGGGCUGAGGCUGGAGAGGGAGGCUGGAGAGGGGUGGGCGGGCGAGGCUGGCAAGGCUCUCCUGCACCCGGUGCGGUCCGGGCACCCACUGCCCCUGCUGGUGCCUGCCUGCGGGCAUCACCACACCCCGAUGCCCGACUACAGCUGCCUGAAGCCACCCAAGGCAGGCGAGGAAGGGCAUGAGGGCUGCUCCUACGCCCUGUGCCCUGAAGGCAGGUAUGGGCAUCCAGGGUAUCCUGCCCUGGUGACAUAUGGCUAUGGAGGAGCCGUUCCCAGUUACUGCCCAGCAUAUGGCCGGGUGCCUCAUAGCUGUGGCUCUCCAGGUGAGGGCAGAGGGUAUUCCAGUUCCGGUGCCCACUCCCCACGGGCUGGCUCCAUUUCCCCGGGCAGCCCGCCCUACCCACAAUCCAGGAAGCUGAGCUACGAGAUCCCUGCAGAGGAGGGAGGGGACAGGUACCCCAUACCUGGGCACCUGGCCCCCGCAGGAGCCUUGGCAUCUGCAGAAUCACCUGAGCCAGCAUCCUGGAGGGAGGGCCCCAGCGGGCAUAGCACCCUGCCUCGGUCUCCCUGUGAUGCUCAGUGCAGUGCCUCUUCUGAGCUGUCUGGUCCCUCCACGCCCCUGCACACCAGCAGCCCAGUCCAGGGCAAGGAAAGCACCCGACGGCAGGACACCACGUCCCCCACCUUGGUGCCCACUCAGAGACUAAGUCCUGGCGAGGCUUUGCCGUCCGUUCCCCAGGGAAGCGCCGAAAAGGCUCCCGAGCUGCCAGCGAGAAGCGGGCUUGAGCUUCCAGCCCCUGGCCCCUUCUCCCCCACCUCCCCGCCCAGCUCACCCAAGGACUGGCCUCAGGAGAAGAGCCCGGGGAGCCGCUCAGACAGCGCCAAUCCGAGGGGCCCCGUGCCCACCACACUGCCUGGCCUCCGCCAUGCCCCCUGGCAGGGACUUCGAGACCCCCCAGAUAGCCCGGAUGGGUCCCCCCUCACCCCUGUGCCUACCCAGAUGCCCUGGCUUGUGGCCAGCCCAGAGCCGCCUCAGAGCUCACCCACGCCUGCCUUCCCCCUGGCUGCAUCCUAUGACGUCAACGGCCCUACCCAGCCCCCACUUCCCGAGAAACGCCAUUUGCUGGGACCUGGGCAACAGCCAGGACCCUGGGGCCCAGAGCAGGCAUCACCACCAGCCAGAGGCACCAGUCACCAUGUCACCUUUGCACCUCUGCUCCCGGAUAAUGUCCCCCAACCCCCAGAGCCCCCUAUGCAAGAGAGCCAGAGCAAUGUCAAGUUCGUCCAGGAUACAUCCAAGUUCUGGUACAAACCACACCUGUCCCGUGACCAAGCCAUUGCUCUGCUGAAGGACAAGGACCCUGGGGCCUUCCUGAUCAGGGACAGUCAUUCAUUCCAAGGAGCCUACGGGCUGGCCCUCAAAGUGGCCACACCUCCACCCAGCGCCCAACCCUGGAAAGGGGACCCCUUGGAACAGCUGGUCCGUCAUUUUCUCAUUGAGACUGGGCCCAAAGGGGUGAAGAUCAAAGGCUGUCCCAGUGAGCCCUACUUUGGCAGCCUGUCGGCCCUGGUGUCCCAGCACUCCAUCUCCCCACUGUCCCUGCCCUGCUGCCUGCGCAUCCCCAGCAAAGAUCCUCUAGAGGAGACUCCAGAGACCCCAGUGCCAGCCAACAUGAGCACAGCAGCCGACCUCCUACGUCAGGGUGCCGCCUGCAGUGUGCUCUACCUGACCUCAGUGGAGACAGAGUCACUGACGGGCCCCCAAGCGGUGGCCCGGGCCAGCUCUGCAGCUCUGGGCUGCAGCCCCCGGCCAACCCCAGCCAUCGUCCACUUCAAGGUCUCAGCCCAGGGCAUUACGCUGACGGACAACCAAAGGAAGCUCUUCUUUCGCCGCCAUUAUCCAGUGAACAGCAUCACCUUCUGCAGCACUGAUCCUCAGGACCGGAGAUGGACCAACCCCGACGGGACCACCUCCAAGAUCUUUGGUUUCGUGGCCAAGAAGCCGGGAAGUCCCUGGGAGAACGUGUGUCACCUCUUUGCAGAGCUUGACCCGGAUCAGCCUGCCGGCGCCAUUGUCACCUUCAUCACCAAAGUCCUACUGGGUCAGAGAAAGUGA